AUGGACCACCCAACACUCUUGGACAAGAAGUUCGGUCCAGAGACGAUAAACUACUACGCCGGCUCCCCCCUAAACCGCUUCUCAUUCCUCCGCACCUCCCACACCUUCCUCUCAUCCUCCCUCCUCCACCCCGCCGCGCGCUUCCUCCUCCUCCACUCCCUCAACCCUUCCACGAACAAGGAGAGCGGGGAAUUGUGUUAUGUAACCUACGACGAAAUCAAACACGUACUCGGCGGGAACCGAUUCGAGAAGACGGAUGAUGAGAGGGUUGAGGGGUGGAGUGAGGGGCAGAGGGAGGUCACGCUGGUGUUCGUGGGCUGUGAUGAGCGCGUAAAGGAGGAUGGGAAUAAGGAGGAUAGGGGCGUGCCGUAUUGGGUCGUUGACGUUACGCCCGCUCAACUUCCCAACCCCGCCGACGCGGAGAAAAUAACUACACUCCUCGCGGAAAAGUACAACGCGGAAUACCGAAACAUCCGACUCGGUACCGCGCUCGAGAAGGGAGAAGCAGCGAUCGUUGCUCAAGCACGUUCAUUCGUCGACUGGAAUGCAAGGAACCAGUUUUGUGCCGGGUGUGGUGGGAGGACGAUGUCCGUCUGGGCUGGUGCUAAACGGGUGUGUCCCCCAACCUCUCUCGACCCCGCCGAACUGAACAAACCAGCGGUCGAGAGACCAGCGUGUAUCUCCCGAAAGGGUCUCCACAACUUCGCAUACCCACGCACCGACGCAAGCGUGAUCAUGGCCGUCAUCAGUCCCGAGGGCGAUAAGAUCCUUUUGGGCCGAAACAAGAAGUGGCCAAAGGGGUUUUAUUCCACCCUCGCCGGAUUUUUGGAGCCGGGAGAAUCAAUCGAGGAAGCCGUCCGCCGUGAAGUGUACGAAGAAUCCGGGAUUAUCUGUGGGCGCGUGCAAUUCCACUCUUCCCAACCCUGGCCAUUCCCGGCAAACAUCAUGAUCGGGUGUAUCGCCGAAGCACUCCCCACCUCUACCACCGUCGAUCUGGGCAACGACCCAGAACUCGAGGACGCGAGGUGGUUUACGAGGGAGGAGGUCCAGACUGCGCUCGAGAGUGCCACGUUUGGGAUAUUUGAUGGGGUGGAGGAGGAGUGGAAGGGGGGAUUGAGGGUGCCGCCGGAUAGUGCUAUUGCGCACAAGUUGAUGGCGAGCUGGGCGAGGGAUGAUUGGGGGUUGACCAAGCUGUGA